AUGUGUGCUUCAUGUCAAUAUGAGAAAGUGUCAAAACACCUCUCACGCCGUCCCCAUGCCUGCCCCUGGAUCCCUACUCCCGGAUUCCUACCCCCGGAUUCCUACCCCCGGAUUCCUACUCCCGGAUUCCUACCCCCGGAUUCCUACCCCCGGAUUCCUACCCCGGAUUCCUACCCCCGGAUCCCUACUCCCGGAUUCCUACCCCCGGAUUCCUACCCCCGGAUUCCUACCCCGGAUUCCUACCCCCGGAUUCCUACCCCCGGAUUCCUACCCCCGGAUUCCUACACCGGAUUCCUGCCCCCGGAUUCCUACCCCCGGAUUCCUACCCCGGAUUCCUACCCCCGGAUUCCUACCCCCGGAUUCCUACCCCCGGAUUCCUACACCGGAUUCCUGCCCCCGGAUUCCUACCCCCGGAUUCCUACCCCCGGAUUCCUACCCCGGAUUCCUACCCCCGGAUUCUUACCCCGGAUUCCUACCCCGGAUUCCUACCCCCGGAUUCCUACCCCCGGAUUCCUACCCCCGGAUUCCUACCCCCGGAUUCCUACCCCCGAAUUCCUACCCCCGGAUUCUUACCCCGGAUUCCUACCCCCGGAUUCCUACCCCGGAUUCCUACCCCCGGAUUCCUGCCCCCUAGUUUCCUUCGUGCCCUCAUUCCAAAGCUCCAGACACGCUCCACAAACACACGCAUUUUCCCGUUAA